GAAAAAAUAGUUGGUACAGCAUAUCUUCAUCCUAAUUCGACUAGGAUUAUACAUAACGGGCCAAUGGCUGAUGGUUAUGUGAAAAUCGAAGUAAUUGAAAUAUAUCCCGAAUACAAGAAAACGUCGCUUCCUGAACUUUCAUGCUACGAGGAACUUGAAGAUUAUGGUGAUGCCAUUGGUCAUUUCAUUCAGUGGCCACUUUCUUCUAUAAAGCUUUCAAACAUAGAGGCUACUCAUCAUAUUCCAACCAUGAUACAACCAGCUCAUGAAAACACAUGUUAUUCACCAGAGUUUGAGGAUGUCACCGAACAAUAUCAAAUUCAUGAAAAUCAUCAAAUUGAUAUGACAAUGGUUGAAAAUGUUAGCGAUGAGGUAAUCAUGUACUAA